AUGUAUGCCUCUCAGCAGCCCUCGACCUACUCCUACCCACCCGGCGUCACGCUGGGCCCCUCAGCGGGGCUUCCUCUUGGUCAGAGUGUUAUCUGUCCUGAACCGUCUCUAUUUCAGACCGUGCAUCCCCAGUUUCAUUUCGUGCCUUUCAAAUCUAACUUUAUCUUGUCCUUCAUCACAGGCUCUCCUGUUCAGCAAGCUUUUGGCCCAGCACCCGUCAAUUUGGGCUCGAACAACCCCUUCAGGAACCGUGCCCUAUCGCCGUCUGCCAGCUCAUUCGCAUCGGCCAGCGGUCAAUCCGAACGGCGAACCUCAACGAACCCCUUUGAAGAGGACUCGUUUUCACCGCAGUCAGCCCCGGUCGUAGGGGCAACCAUGGCGUCCCAAGACAUGUCGUCGAACACCCGCGAGCUCUUUGAAAACCUCUCGAUAAACCCCGCUCCCCAGAACACGGGUUACAGACCUGCCCCGCCCCGCCCGGAGAAGCCUGCACAGAAUGGGUAUUCCACCAACCGUGUGCCUCCGCCGAGGGAACGCACAGAGCGCCGCGAAAACGAUUCGCUAGACAUCUUUGCUGAUCCCCCGAAGACAAGCAGUGGCGCUAGGUCUGGUCAGAGAGACCGGAGACCUCGUCGCAAUUCGGAGUCAUCGAUCAUGGAACGGACUCCCAAGCCCGUGGACACCGAGGAGGAGAGACGGCGUCGCGAGCGACGACGCCGGGAGCGGGAGCGGGAGGCUCGCCAUAAGGAUGGAAAGGAUGUCAAGGAUGUCAAGGAUGCAAAGGAUGGAAAACACAGAUCGAAGAAGUCCAACUAUCACAUGGAUAUUAUCGACAAGCUGGAUGUGACCAGUAUCUAUGGCACAGGAAUGUUCCAUCACGAUGGGCCUUUCGAUGCCUGCAAUCCUAACCGUAACCGCAAGGGCGUGCGCACUGCACCGAUGCAGGCAUUCCCCAAGGACUCGGCCAACAUGGCCCUUGGGGGAUCAGGACCCAACAAUUCCAACAUUGAUCUCAAUUUGUUCCACGGGCGCACGGAACAAGGCUAUAACGACUUUGCCGCAAGCGCUGCAACGGAUCCUCGUAGAAGCGAAAACCCGAACUUCGAUCCAACCACCCGCAUUGAGCCAAUCCAUGGAGCGGAGAGCAUGGGUCUGGGAACCAGCACCUUCCUGGAAGGUGCCCCCGCAAGCCGGGCGGACAUUCAGCGCCGUGGAAGUGGACAUGAUGGUUUGAACGGUGGAGGCGGACCGAGCGGGGGUGGCUUGCAGCGCAAGAAGAGUUUGGCCCAACGACUUCGAGGAAUGAACAAGCCCUCGAGUGGCCGGGUGGUAUCUCCAGAGGGCUCCUACACCCCAGCUGUACCCACUGGCUCUGGCCACAUUGGAACUAUCCGUGCCAAUGAGAAGAACCCUUUCUUCCAGGAUUAUGAUGACGCAUGGGAAAAGAAGGGCGCCCAAAUCAACAUGUCCGAAGAAGCCCGCGGCACCAGCGGCGCGCGGGCUCGUUCAUCCAGCAGUCCCAAGCAGCCCACCGGAUUGGAGCGCAGGUUCACCAAUGAACGAUCCUACACCGGAUUUGAGGAGGGCAAGAGUAACGGUGGCGGCGGCGGCGGGUUCAUCAAUCGCAUGAAGAGUCUGAGAAAGCCCCGGCCUGAGAGGCGUAUCAGCAACGACUGA